AUGUUCGAGGCACGUUUAGUACAGAGUGCGAUUUUGAAGAAGGUGUUAGAUGCAAUAAAAGAUCUUUUAACCGAAGCUACCUUCGAAUGUUCCGAUUCUGGUAUCCAAGUACAAGCUAUGGACAAUGCCCACGUCUCUUUGGUUUCUCUUAAUCUCAGAAGCGACGGUUUUGACAAAUAUAGAUGUGAUAGAAAUUUGUCAAUGGGCAUGAGUAUUGCAAGCAUGACCAAAAUUUUGCGGUGUGCUGGUGCAGAAGAUACAGUAACAUUGCGAGCAGUAGAUAAUCCUGAAAACAUUAUGUUCAUAUUUGAAUCACCAAAUAAAGAAAAACUUGCAGAAUAUGAAAUGAAACUUAUAAACAUGGAUCAGGAACAUCUUGGUAUCAUUAAAACUAAAGAAACUUCAUAUUCAUGUGUUGUAAAAAUGCCAUCCCAAGAGUUUUCACGUAUCUGUAGAGAUUUGAGCCAAUUUGGAGAAUCAAUAACAUUUGCUUGUUCUAAGGAGGGCAUAAAAUUCAGUGCUUCUGGAGAUUUUGGACAAGCCACUGUUAAGUUAGCACAAACAGCAGAUGCAGAUAAAGAAGAAGAAGCAGUACUUGUUACUAUGCAAGAACCAGUGAAGUUAACAUUUUCGUGUCGUUAUCUUAAUUGUUUUGUAAAGGCUGGACCUCUGUGUGCACAAGUACAACUAUCAAUGUCUAAUGACGUGCCCUUAGUAUGUGAAUACAAAAUUGGAGACAUUGGGCAUAUUAGAUAUUACCUGGCACCAAAAAUUGAUGAUGAUGACGAAAAUUAA